AUGGCCGGCCCAGGAUUCCACCCCCACGCACCCUCGCUUCUCCACCGCGGUCUCGCAAAGACCCUCGGCGCAGGCAUGUGGUUCUUCAUCUUCUACCGCGCCAGGCAGGACGGCGCCGCUCUCCUUGGCCUCCGUCACCCCUGGGACCACGGAGACCACCACGACGAGCACCACUAG